GAUAUUUUGCGACAACCAAAAGACAUCAAUAACAAAAAAUUUGGAUUUCAACAAGUGGUGUGUGGUGUUAAGGAAAAUGCAGUCAUAGAAAAUCUAAAUAUUUAUACAUUUUCAGGCGAAUACCAUAAUUAUGACGACCUUUUUAAAGAAGCAGAUGAGGGAAUGAGAAUGGACACACAAGGUAACUGGAAGGAAUUGGCUGCUCAAAAAGAAAGAGAAUGGAAAGAAGUCACAGAAUUAAGGAUUCAAACUUUGGAGGAGGCGCUGAAUGGAAAAGAAAAAGAUCUGCAAGAAGAGAAAGCCAAGUUUUCAAAACUAAAAGAGGACUUUAAGUACAACCUGAAAGUUCUAGAGGAGAGAGAUCAAGAAUUAGAAAGAUAUGAUGCAACUUUUUCUGAACUGAAGGCACAGCUAAAUGUGAAAACUGCUGAGAUCAGUGAACUAAAAAUCCAGUUAGAUGAUGCCAAGUCCUCUGCAAACAGAGAAAUUCUAGUUCAAGAAGAUCUUCAAAAACACUAUCAACAUAGACUCAAAGAGAAACAAGCAGAAAUUGAUUCUUUUAAAAGCUCAAAGGAUGCAGAAAUUCACAAAGAGAGGAAGGAGUUUGAGACUUUCAAGAGAAACUUACAGCGACAACUGAAACAGGUUGAGGAUGACUUGGAUACACAGAAGAGGGAGCUGAGCACAAGUUUUGAAGAUGCGCUUAAGAAGAGAGAGCAUGAGUUCAGGCUACAGAGGGAUGAGAUGAGUGCCAAGGUCCUAGAACACGAACUAAAGGCAAAACUUUUAGCCAAAGAACUGGAGAUAAUGAAGACCAGUCAGGCCAAGGAGAGCAAACAGCUGAAUGAAGUGGAGAGCCAUCACCGGGAUCUAGAGAAACGGCUGAAGGAGAGAGAGUGGGAGCUCGCUGAUGUCACCUCCAUGAAGGACGCAAGGAUAUCUGAAUUAGAAAUCCAAGCCCAACAACUUGAAACCAUGAUGAAUCGGAUGAAAGAAGAUUUCCAAAGAAAACAUGCAGACCUUGACAAAUUAGCUAGAGAAAAGGAGACUGCCUUGUCCAAAAUUAAAGAGAGCUACACUGAAAGGGAACAGACAUUACAUAGCAGUAUCAGAGAAGUCCAGGCCAAGCUAGAGGACAGUCAGGUGGAGAUACGGAAAUUAGAGUGGAACAAAGCAGAUCUAGAAAAAGAAAAAGACCUGCAAUUAGAAAAGUUACAAGAGGAGUUGUAUGAACAGAAGGAAAGAUGGGACAAACAAAUUGUGGAUGUUUCCAGAAGCCAGGUCCAUAAGGAUGUGGAGAUGCAGCGUCUGCGAGAGAAUGAAGAAAGACUGAAGGCAGAACUUAUACAGAGGAAACAGGACAUGGAGAGGUACAAGAAAGACUUUGCUCUGGCUGUGGAGAGGGAGCGGUCAUUGGAGAGGAGCAAGACGCAGCUGGAGCUGGACUGGCAGAGGAGGUUUGAGGACAAGGAGUCCAACCAGUACGGAAAGUCCGAGGAUUUAAUAAUAAAGCUCACAAAGAGCAGGGAUGAAGCCAUUGCAACAGUCAAAGAACGGGACAGAGACAUUUUACAGAGAGAGGCCCUGAUCAGAGCUCUACACAGGGACCGGGAACAGGCACUGGCCACACUUAAAAAGCGUGGCAUUCAAGUCAACAAAAACAUCCAUGUGGAUAUAGACAAAGUGUGGAAGUUUGCAGAUCCUGAGGAAAUUGCAUCCCUUCAAGAACAAAAUGAGAAUCUGAAGUCAGUUAUCAAGGAAAUGAGGACCCAGAUGGAAAUUUUAGGUCAAGAGUUACCUCCCUCUGACAAAAAGUCAGACCCUUCAACAGCUGGAGAGUAUGUUCAGAGUUUAGAGAAUGAGGCCAGGGCUCUACGAAAAAGAAACAGAGAACUUGAACAUGACCUUGACACACACAGGAAGUAUGGAAGAGCACCACCUGUGGCUCCCUCUAGUACUGAACAGGAAGAGGAAGCACUGGCUGAGGUCAAGGACAAUUCAGCUGUUCGUUCUCAUAUACAGUCCCUUAAUGAACAAAUUGGUGCAAUGAGGUCAGAAAAGAUGGAAAUGACUGCUCAAAUGAAGAAGCAGCAGGCUAGAAUUCAAUAUCUAGAAAGCAUGGUAGAAAAACUCAACAAAGAGCCAAGACAGAAGCAGGUUGAAAUUGACCAGUUGAAGUACGAGUUGAAUGCUCAGAGGAGGCGGGACCAGUCAGAGAUAGGGGCGCUGAACCAGCGAGUAGGUGAACUGGAGAUUCAACUGGUUGAGGCACGUAAGGAAGCAGACGAAUAUUACAGAGCAACUCUGGAGAGGAACAUGGAGGUCACCUCACUGCAACAACAAGUAUCCAGUCUGAAAGUAGAACUUGCAGAAAAAAGACCCGAGUUAAAUUUUGGAGCGCAGGAACUGGUCAUUCAGCAGCUGCAAGAUGAAAUUCUAAAUAUAAGAAAGGGAGGUAAUCAAGGUUCAGGCACAAAGGGAAGUAAUCAAGGUUCAGGCACAAACGAUGCAGUAACAAAUGAUAAUGCAGCAAUACAGGAAUUAAAAAAUAAGUUAAAACUAGCUGCCAAACAUAUAGCUCAGCUAGCCAGGGAGAGGCAGCAGCUUAUUGAGAUGGGCAACAAGAUGCGAGCGGAGCUUAACAAAGCAGGUAUUAAACCAUCGUCAGCUGAAGUAGAAAGACCAGAGCCUGUGUUUAGUUCCCAGAAAGUAAAUAAUAAUGAACUGUCUCAACAACUCUCCCAGCAAUUCCUCAGCAAGCUGUCUCAACUGGAGAAACUGCAGUAUGAACUUACGAAACAGCAACUACAGUAUGCACAGAAGUUUCCAGAGCCAAAGAACCAGAACAACAAUUCAGGAUCAGAUCAAGAAUACAGACCUCCCUCAAUACUGAAGAGGACAUCAAAUAUUGCUUCCAAUAGAGACCAACCAGUCCACACAGUAAGAGAAAGUCAGGACACACUUAAUGACACCUACCGGUCAGUGAGCCCUGUACGAUUCAGCACAGAGGGCCCACUUGUCAGGAACUUGGAUGAAAGGGACCAGUUAUUUGAUUUAAAUCUAGAGGACAGGGAUCAAUUAUUAGUUACAAUGUCCUCUGCUGGAGGCGAGUCUUUGGAGGAAGUAUGGAGGAUGUUGGAUCGCCCCACCCCUAGUCCAUUCACCACUCCCAGAUAUCCUGGAAAACCAGAUAAUUCAGGCAAGUAUUCUUCUGAAGAGUCGUCCAAUGAAAUUACAGUGAAGGGAAGGCAGCCCACAAUGUAUCAGAGAAGUAAACCAGACUCCAGGCCAUCCUCCCUAAAAUCUCCCAAAUCAUCCAGGAAAGGUCCAAAGAAAUCAAAAGCAAGGAAUUACAAUAUUAGAGAGGAUGAAAAUGGUUAACACAUACAUUACAUGUGAUAUUUGUUUUUGAAAGUUAUUUUCAUGUAUUUUUAUAUUUAGAAUUCAUGAAUAAAUAUAUCUUAACCAUUC